AUGACCGAGUACUUGCAACAAGCCAACGACGCUUUAUUGACCAUGGUUCAAAUUGAAACUCAAGAAGCGCUCGACGUCGUGGAAGAGAUCGCAACCUUGGUAGACGUUGUCUUCAUUGGGCCGUUCGACCUGGGCAACAACAUUGGCCAUCCUAUCCUCAACGGCGUGAUGGAGCCUGCGCUAGAGGAUGCUAUCGAGAAAGUCUUGACUGCUGCGAAGAAGGCCGGCAGCAAAUGCGGCAUAUUCUGUUCGAGUGGCGAACAAGCAAAGAAGUAUGCCGAGAUGGGCUUUGACAUGAUCAAUGUAGCCACAGAUAUCACGGCGUUGGAGUUUGUCACAAAGGAAGCCCUCUCGAUAGCGAAGGGAACAGCCGCGCCGGAGAAGGGGAAGGGUUAUUAA